AUGACACGAAGCAACGUUGAGUUGAAUAAAUCUGAACGUGAUCCUGAUGACACUGACUGGCGUAUUUGGGCUAAUCAACUUUUAAAUGACAUUGAGGGAGUUUCCAAUGAACGGUCCAAAUAUGGGCUAACUUCACGGGGAUUGAAGAAGUUGAUUGAUGGAUUACUAUAUCCUAUUAAAAAGGAUUUGAAUGAGGGAGUGAUUACGACAAGAUUGGCUUUCAUUCAUUGUUUGCUGAAAGAGCUUGCGUGUAUCGCAAUGAAGCAUAGUAGCGAUACACGGGAACAUGCUAUAGCCACGGAUCUGUAUCGAAUAUGGGAAAGUCAGUUGACGACGUCGACAACAGCAUCUUACUGUUCCACACCUAAGGAGGCUCGUGUAAGUGAUGUUGAAUAAUCUUUCUGUAUGUUUAUGUUUCAAUGUUGUUUUUCCUUGAGUUAUUUUAUACAAUUUGGUAGAAGCAGUGAAGUGAAAGGGCUAAGUGGUUUUUGAUUGUUUUGCCUUUCGAGUGGUUAGUAUAUGCAGAUGAAAUUCGACUGGCUUCCGGCUACAUCAAGCACUGACAUCGGUUGUAAAAUCAUUGAGCGUCGAGGAGUACUUGCUGUACAGCUGUUUCCUUCCAGUUUGGAAGUCAUCAGUAGUACUCAGUCAGUCUUAAUAUAAGUGCUGGUACUGGAUUGGGGCGGGAUGAAGUUUCUGGAUUUCCAGCGAGAAGAUGUCUUCAGUAGUAGGGUUCAUUUGACCAAGUGUGGUGAAGUAUAAAGUGACAUACGGAACUGAAAAGGAUUACUGAUUAUGUGUGAGGCUGAGGAUCUAUGAGUUUAGGAAAUCUCCUGUACACAACUGGGGAUAAUUUCUUACCCUUAAUAGCAUACGACCUCUGCUCGUAUCUAACAGGUAUGUUGCACACUGAACGACGAGUAGGGAAGUUCAUACAGCAACAAAAUUUGAAGAAGUCCUUAACAGGAAAACAGAUUCAGAAGUGUAAUAGUCGAUGCGUAAAUUUGAGAUAGAUAGC